AGAGGUUCAGUACGUGUUCUAACAAAACAAACUGGACUAAAUGGCAUAAUAAAACAUUAACAUGGUCCAAAGUGUCUAACUUCAAACUUUAAUUUAAAGCUGAGAGGGACUAUAAAACUUUAAAGUAGCGAGACAGUUUCAAUGUUUUUUCUGCUCACAAAAACUCAUAGCCGAACAGAAGUAGUUCUACUGUUUCUCAUUGAUGCAACGCUUAUUCUUUGUUCAAUGUCGGAAAUACUGUUACACUCAUGCAAUUGCAUCAAAUUCUCAGAUUUCUCAUUUUGCUCGUUUGGGCCAAAUUCAGAAUGCCCGAAAGGUGUUCGACGAAAUGCCCAACAGAACUGUAACUUCUUGGAACUCUAUAAUCUCUGGGUAUUUCCAAAAUCACCAACCCCAUGAAGGCCAGUGUCUAUUUAAUCAAAUGCCUGAGAGAAACAUUGUUUCCUGGAAUGGGUUAAUCUCAGGUUAUGUAACGAAUAGGAUGGUGAAUGAAGCAAGAAAGGUGUUUGACAAAAUGCCUCAAAGAAAUGUUAUUUCUUGGACUGCUAUGGUUAGAGGAUAUGUUGAGGAAGGGUUAGUUGAGGAAGCAGAAAAACUGUUUUGGCAAAUGCCUGAAAAGAAUGUCGUGUCGUGGACUGUGAUGUUAGGUGGUUUAAUUCAAGAAAGGAGAAUUGAUGAGGCUAGAAAGCUUUAUGAUAUGAUGCCAGUAAAGGAUGUAGUUGUAAGGACUAAUAUGAUAUGUGGUUAUUGUCAAGAAGCUAGGUUAGAUGAGGCUCGCGAUCUUUUUGAUGAUAUGCGAAAAAAGAAUGUGGUUUCUUGGACUGCUAUGAUAUCAGGAUAUGCCCAAAAUGGUAAACUGGAUAUUGCUAGGAAACUAUUUGAAGUCAUGCCUGAGAAGAAUGAGAUCUCAUGGACUGCAAUUGUAAUAAGUUAUGUGCAAUAUGGUAGAUUUGAAGAGGCGUGGAAGCUUUUCGAAGUGAUGCCUGUAAAAACAACUCCUGCUUGUAAUUCCAUAAUACUUGGAAUAGGACAGAAUGGGGAGGUUGCUAAGGCAAGGAUGGUGUUUGAUCUUUCGAAGGAGAAGGAUAAUGCAACAUGGAGUGCAAUGAUCAAGGUUUAUGAAAGGAAGGGUUAUGAGUUAGAGGCGUUGGAUUUGUUUCAUCGAAUGCAAGUAGAAGGAUUUAGGCCAAAUUUCCCUUCGUUGAUAAGCAUUCUUUCAGUUUGUGCUAGUCUUGCAAGUCUUGAUUAUGGUAGAGAGAUACAUGCACGGUUAAUCAGAACCGACUGUGAUGAUGACGUGUAUGCCUCCUCUGUAUUAAUCACGAUGUACAUCAAAUGCGGUGAUUUCGUUAAGGCCAAAUUAAUAUUUGAUAGAUUUUCUCCAAAAGAUGUGGUCAUGUGGAAUUCUAUUAUAACAGGUUAUGCUCAACAUGGUUUAGGAGAUGAAGCGCUAGAAGUGUUCAGAGAAAUGUGUUCUUUAGGUAUUACCCCAGACGAGGUUACCUUCGUUGGAGUUUUAUCCGCAUGCAGCUACACUGGGAAAGUGAAAGAAGGGAAAGAUAUCUUUGAGUCCAUGAAUUCAAAAUAUCAGAUGGAGCCAGGAACUGCACAUUAUGCUUGCAUGGUUGACAUGCUUGGUCGAGCUGGCCGGUUGGAUGAGGCAAUGGAUCUGAUUAACAAAAUGACUGUAGAAGCAGAUGCAAUUAUUUGGGGUUCUUUGAUGGGUGCAUGUAGGACGCAUAUGAACCUAGAUUUGGCAGAAGUUGCUGCAAAGAAACUUUUAAAGCUUGAACCCCAAAAUUCUGGGCCCUAUGUCCUACUUUCUAAUAUUUAUGCAUCCAAAGGUAAGUGGGCUGAUGUUGCUUCUCUUAGGAAGUCGAUGCAGUCAAGGGAAGUGGUUAAAUCACCUGGUUGUAGUUGGCUUGAGGCAGACAAAAAUGUUCAUAUGUUCACUGGUGGACAAAGCACACCCCAUCCCGAGCAUAAAUUGAUCAUCAAAAUGUUAGAAAAAUUGGGGCCUAAGUUAAGAGAAGCUGGAUAUAUUCCUGAUGGAAGUUUUGCUUUGCAUGAUGUGGAUGAAGAAGAGAAGAUGCAUAGCUUGAAUUUUCACAGUGAGAAACUAGCUGUGGCUUAUGGACUUCUUAAAUUGCCUGAAGGUAUGCCCAUACGAGUAAUGAAAAAUCUUCGGGUUUGUGGUGAUUGUCAUUCUGCUAUUAAAAUAAUCGCUAAAGUCACAGGACGAGAGAUAAUUCUGAGAGAUGCCAACAGAUUUCACCAUUUUAAGGAUGGAGUAUGUUCUUGCAAGGAUUAUUGGUGACUGCGCUGUUACUUCUGUGCAUAAUUCAUAAAAUGCAGCUUUGGUGCUGUGGUCACCGUCAGUGACAAAUAUCAAUAUCCGUGCUGUAGCUCAUGGUUGUUCAGAGUACAAUGUUACAGUAGUUGUUAAGCAAGAAGACUGUGUGAGGGCUUUACGUGCUGUGCACUCAAGAUUCUAUUUGUCAAGAACUACUAUUUCUGAAGGGAGUACAUUGCUUGACCAGCUCAAGGAUCAGUCAGCUGUCUUAAAGGAAAAAAUUCAACAUUGACUUGCGCGCGAUGGGUAUGAUCGGAAUAGACUCAAUGCUAUUAAGCGGCAUUGCUUGAAGCUGAGAGCUCUACAAUGGCAAUCAUAUACACAUUACUUCUAUGAAGCUACUGUUGGAGCUGGACUACCAAAUAUUAGCACCUUACGUGGUCUUCUUGAAACUGGGGACAAGAUUUUGCGGAUUGAGGGUAUUUUUAGUGGAACUCUGAGUUACAUAUUCAGUAACUUUACGGGAACAAGAGCUUUUAGCCAAGUGGUGAAGGAGGCGAAAGUGGCUGGUUAUACUGAACCAGAUCCAAGCAAUGACCUAUCUGGAACACAUGUUGCUAGGAAGGUGAUAAUUCUUGCUUGAAAAAGUGGAUUCGACCUAGAGCUUUCAGAUAUCCCUCAGAGCCUUGUGCGAGAACCAUUAAGGGCUACUGCAUCUGCCGAGGACUUUUUGCUGAACCUGCCAAAAUUUGAUCAAGAUUUGUCUAAACAGAGGAAGGAGGCUGAAGAUGAGGGGGAAGUAUUAAGGUAUGUUGGAGUAGUAGAUGUUGUCAAUGGAAAAGGCUCUGUUGAAUUGGGGAGAUACAACAAGCAGCAUCCAUUCACCCAACUCUCUGGAUCAGACAACAUAAUUGCAUUCACACUGAAAGAUAUUGUAAGCACCCCUAAUAGUUCGUGGUCCGGGAGCUGGGGCUGAAGUGACUGCAGGCGGAGUAUUCAGUGAUAUUGCGACUGGCCUCAUAUCUUGGUGCUCCGUCAUAAUUCAUGGACUUGCACAUACUCCUUAUUCCACGUUUUGUCAGUCAUCACCUGCUCCUAGUUGCAGUUAUAUAAUUUCAUGAUUGUUGUGAAUUUUAAGCAACUGAUAGUGUUGCUCAUUUUGUAACAUGGCACUUAUCAUCUAUUGGAAAUCGUAGGUUGCUUAUUUAGGAAUAAAUCUGAUGGUAUUAAAGCUGUAUCAUGGUCAUAAAUCAUGAUGGAUAUAUCGUGUAGAGGAUACACCUUGUUAGUGAAGCAUGGUGCUGUUGUAUAUCAAUUCAACUAAUUAACUGUCCAAGGCAUUGUAUCCUGUUGCUAUUUUUGCUCUCUACUGUUGAUUACUACGUAUUAUGGAGGUUUUUAGAGAACCAAAAGUUCAGCACU